CACAACUUCAUUUAGAGUCUCUACUUGUAUGCAUGCCAUGGAAGUUCAACUUUUCUUUGUUCUUAUUCCCUUCUCUGUUUUCAUAGUCAUACUUUUGCAUUGGCUUGCAACAAAAUAUUACAAACCAAAAACCAUAUCCAAUUACAAAUUGCCACCUGGUCCAAGAAAAUUACCAAUCAUUGGUAACUUGCAUCAACUAGCAUUUGCAGGAUCACUUCCACACCAUGGCCUCCAAAAACUUUCUCAAAAAUAUGGACCUUUAAUGCACCUUAAACUAGGUGAAAUUAAUGCUGUGGUUGUUUCCUCCUCAAACAUAGCCAAAGAAAUAAUGAAAACACAUGAUGUUGUUUUUGCUAAUAGGCCACAACUUCUUUCUCCUCAAAUUUUAGCCUAUGGUUUUAAAGAUAUUGUAUUUUCUCCAUAUGGUGAUUAUUGGAGACAAAUGAGAAAAAUAUGUGUCUUAGAGAUUCUAAGCGCUAAAAGGGUUCAAUCUUUUUCUUACAUUAGAGAGGAUGAAACACAAAAAUUAAUACAAUCAAUUAAGUCAUUAGCCGGAUCACAAAUUAAUCUCACUAGUAGAAUUUUUUCAAUGGUAAAUUCUAUUAUUUCUAGAGCAGCGUUCGGUGAUAAGUCAGAAGAUCAAGAUGCAUUUGUGUCUCUGAUUCGAGAAGCAAUAGUAGUUUCUGGUGGAUUUGAGUUUGAUGAUCUGUUUCCUUCGAUGAAAUUUAUUCAUAUGCUAAUCGGGGUGAAAGCAAAAAUUGAGAAAAUUCACAAAAGGGUAGACAAAAUCUUAGAUAAUGUUGUUAGAAAACAUCAAGAAAAGAGAGCAAGAGUUAAUGAAGGUAACAAUUGUGAUAUUGACAAGGAGGAUCUUAUGGAUGUUCUUUUGAGAGUCCAACAAAGUGGAAGCCUUGAUAUCCAAUUGACAAUCAACAACAUCAAAGCUGUAAUUUGGGAUGUAUUUGUUGCUGGAACCGAUACAUCAUCAACAACAAUAGAAUGGGCUAUGUCAGAAAUGAUGAAAAAUCCCAGAGUCAGGGAGAAGGCACAGGCGGAAUUAAGACAAACAUUCAAAGGAAAAAAACUAAUAUCUGAAACUGAUCUAGAGAAUCUAACUUAUUUAAAGUUAGUUAUUAAAGAAACAUUAAGGUUACACCCACCAUCUCCUUUGUUGAUUCCAAGAGAAUCCACUGAACUAACCAAAAUAGAUAAGUAUGAUAUACAAAAAAAGACUAUGGUCUUGAUAAAUGCGUGGGCAAUUGGAAGAGACCCACAAUAUUGGGGUGAUGCUGAGAUGUUCAUUCCAGAGAGAUUUGAUGGUAGUUUUGUUGAUUUCAAAGGAAAUAACUUCGAGUAUAUUCCUUUUGGAGCAGGAAGAAGAAUGUGUCCGGGUAUGACAUUUGGUUUAGCAAGUGUUAUGUUUUCUUUGGCCAUAUUACUCUAUCACUUUAAUUGGGAACUUCCAAAUCAGAUGAAACCUGAGGAUUUGGAUAUGAUCGAAGUUUAUGGAUUGACGGUCGGAAGGAAAAAUGGAUUGUGUUUGAUUCCAACCAUUCAUGAUGUCUAACUCCAUAUUACCUAUAGUGUUUCUAUUUUUAUUUUAAUUAUGUCAUAUAUAAUUCCAGAAAUAAAAUUUGAACGACCCUUACUCAGCCUAAUCUCUUAGAGGAGGGUUAUAAGGAAUGUUAAUGCUACUAUCUUAAAAUAAAUUUGUUUUGUUUUGUUUUGCUAGAUUUUAUUUUUCCUUUGCAGUUUGAUAUUAUGAGGUGCAUAUUGGAAAUUCAAUUGAGUGACCACAUUGUCUAAAAAUGAAAAUAAAUGUUAUAUGUACGAGAUCUGAUCUAUAAAUCAAAUCAAAUGAUAAGAUUUUUAUUUAGAAGUCUUCAAAAAAAUAAAAAAUAAAA